UCGUGAAACCAAAGUUGACAAAGCUCAUGAAGCCUUCUCAGCAAUCCAACAGAAACAUAGAAGCAAAGUGUGGCAUUUUGAGACCAGAGAGUACCACUUUCUCUGAGGACAGUAAUUCUGAUAGUAACAUUGAAGAUGUGGUUGAAACAUUUCCCAAACCAUCACCCUGGUUUGAGGGCAUCUGUCAGCCUGCCUUCCCAUCACCUGAGCCUGUUCCCAAACUUCUCAAGUCUGUAGCAGGCCUUGGUCCUACAAAGUCUCAAGAAACACAAGAUCAACAUAGAGAGGCUGUGAGAUGUGCUGAAAAAACACAGGAUCACAUCCAAAAGCUUGAAAUUGAAAAUGCCGAGUUACAAACUACAGUCAAAAAGCAAGCCGGCGAAAUUGAACAGCUUCAGAGAAACCUUUUAAGUAUAAGAUUGUUUGAUGAUCUUCUAGCAGAGCUGGAAACUGUAUGUUCACAAUGUCUGCACAUGAAUGAAAAUAUUCAGGUUCUUCGAGAGGUGUUAUUAUUCAUGACAGGAAUGCAAAAGAAAUGUGAAAAACUAGAGAAGAAUAACAAGAAGCUGGAGCAAGAAAUAGUGAACCUCAAAAGUCAUAUAGAAAUGAAUAUGACAGAGCACAGUCAAGUAGAGCAGUAUAAGCAGGAGAUUGAAGAAAGAGCGAGACAGGAGCUAGUAGAGAAAUUAAAAGAAGUCAACACGGUUUUACAGAUACAAGCAGCAUCUCAAGAAAACUUAGAGCAGGCACAAGAGGAGCAUAUUGCUUCCUUAAGAAGUCAGAUGGAACUCAGAAUUAAAGAGUUGGAAUCUGAACUCUUCAAGAUGGAAACUUCUCAAGCAGAUUUGGAAAAAUAUAAGAAACUCUACCUCGAAGGACUAAAAGUUAUAAAGUCAUUGGAAAAGAAGCUAGACAAGACUAAUUGGAGGCUGGCAGAGAUGAGCACCGAACUUGAGGUGGAGAAACAGCGGAACAGACCUUUACUGAGCACUCUCACCACGAGGCCAGUCCUGGAGCCGCCCUUGCAGUAG